AUGGCAGAUAAACAACAAAAACGAAAAGAAUAUAUGAAAACAUAUCGUGAAAGAAAUUGUAAAAAAAUUAGAGCUCAAAACAGAUCACAUUAUGCAGAAAAUCGUGAAGCAAUUUUGAAACAAAGUGAGGAAAACUAUACAGAAAAUCGGGAUGAAAUAUUAGAUAAAAGAUGCAGAAAUUAUGCUGAAAAUCGACAAGUUAUUAAAGAUCGAGUCAAUAACCGAUGUCAAAGUACUGUAGAAAGACAUUUUAAAUCGGCUAUUUUUGGGUCUCCAAAUUUUGCUUAUCCUAAGACCCAUAGUCUUGGCUCUUUGAAUAUUGAAUGCCAGUACUGUGAAGCGGUUCAUUUUAAAGAUGAAUUGAAAACCAUGUGCUGUCACAAUGGCAAACUAUCUCAUCUUUCUGCUCAGAAUGGACCUGAAAAUUUUCCUAUCGCGCUAAAAGACCUCUUCUUAGGAACUGAUGCAAAAUGCAAUAACUUUCGAGAAUUUAUUCGACAAUAUAAUAAUGCGAACGCUUUCGCAUCGAUGGGUGCUAAGGUUGAAGACAUUCCAGGAAACGGUCCAUAUUGUUUUAAAAUAUCCGGUGAAGUAUACCACCGUACCUCAGAAAAUAUCCAAAUCGAUACUACUUUACAGCCAAAUUCUAUUCAAAAAAUUAUUCAUGAGCCAUCUUAUGCUGAACUAUAUGUUUAUGAUACGGACACUUCUAUUGAGAUUCGAAUGAGAAAUCCUGCAAAUGCUCAAUGUCUUCGUAAUAAUAUGAUUACCAUAAACACAGUUUUAAGCGCAGUGUCUCCUUAUGCCAGUUCCUAUCGGAAACUUCGAGAAAUUUAUGAACAAGAGGUAUCUAAAGCGAACAUUGUCGGUUCUUCUAUGAAAAAGAUAUCUUUGGUCUUUACUCGCAACCUACAUGAUGACCAAAGGGUCUAUAAUGCACCUCGAACUUCAGAUGAUGUUGCUAUUGUAUAUGUAUCUGAUCGUGAUGGUAAUAUUCCGGCUGAACUUGAUUUUGCAGUUCAGCCGAGUAAUUCAAAUACUCUGAAAAGGAUUAAUAUGCUCUCUAAGCAUCUCGAUCCUAUGAUUUUUCCACUUUUUUUCCCAAAUGGUGAUUUUGGGUGGACCACAAAUUUGUCGCAUAAUAUGAAUCAUGCUACUAAGAUACGAAAUAAAGUAACGAUACUUGAGUUUUAUUCAAACAAAAUUGCUAUUCGACGCAAUCAUUUUAAUCCUUUGUUUUACGGAGGAAAAUUAUUUCAACAGUAUUUAGUUUAUGCAUAUGCCCGUUAUGAAGCAAAUCGAAUGACGUAUAUCAGAAAUAAUCAAAAGACUUUACGUGUAGAAUCAUAUAAAGGUUUAUUAGAUCAUGUUAAUAGCGUCGGUCGAGACAAUAAUGCCCGUGUUGGUAAUAUUUUUAUCCUGCCUUCAACAUUUGUCGGUGGUCCCCGCUUUAUGUCCAAAUUAUAUCAGGACAAUAUGGCAAUGGUUCGGAAAUUUGGUCGUCCUGAUUUAUUUAUUACUUUUACAUGUAAUCCUAAAUGGGAAGAAAUAAAAUCCGAACUUAAAGCUUUUCAAAAUUCAUCUGAUAGACCAGAUUUAGUAACUCGGGUAUUUCGUUUAAAAUUAAAAGAAUUUUUAGAUGACAUAGUUAAAAGAAAAAUUUUUGGAGAAAUUUUGGCAUAUGUAUACGUUAUAGAGCAUCAAAAACGGGGUCUUCCCCAUGCUCAUUGUCUAUUUACACUCUCGAAUGAAGAUAAAAUUAAAAGAGCAGACGAUGUUGAUAAUAUUAUCUCUGCUGAGUUACCGGAUCGAAAUGUACAAGACGAGCUGUAUAACAUAAUUAUAACGCAAAACAUUCAUGGACCAUGUGGCCGAUUAAAUCCUAAAUCAAUUUGUAUGGUUGAAGGAUCUUGCUCCAAAAAUUUUCCUAAAGCCUUCUGCAAUGAAACUGAUGUAUCUACAGAUGGUUAUCCAAUAUAUAGACGCCGAAAUAAUUCUAACGAAACUCAUUUUACACGUAAUAAUAUUCAAGUAGAUAAUCGUUUUGUUGUACCAUACAAUUCAUUUUUAAGUCUUAAAUAUAAUGCUCAUAUUAAUGUUGAACUAUGUUCAACUGUUAAAGCUAUCAAAUACAUUAACAAAUAUAUUACAAAGGGUUACGACUGUGCUCGAAUCGGCGUCCAAGUCAAUGCAAACGAUAACGUAGAAAAAGUUGUUGAUUAUGACGAAAUAAAACAAUAUUUAAAUUGUCGUUAUAUUAGUUCUCAAGAAGCAGCUUGGCAUCUUCAAGAUUUUCCUAUUCACGGUCAAUCUCAUAAUGUCGUCAUGUUGUCUAUUCAUUUGAAAGAUGGCCAAUCCAUCUUUUUCGAAGAGAAUCAAGCUGAAAACGCUUUGCGACGAGAGUCGAUCGCAUGCACGACUUUAACUGCUUAUUUCGAUUUAAAUGUUUCAGAUUCGAGUGCGCAUCAAUAUCUAUAUCAAGAUAUUCCUAAUCAUUACGUAUUUAAAAAUAAAAAAUGGGUAAAACGUUCAGAGGUUUCCCAUCACGGAGAGAAAACAAUCGGCAGAAUUAUUUCUGUAUCUCCUAGAGAUGUAGAAUUGUAUCAUCUUCGCUUGAUUUUGCUCUCGGUGAAAGGUCCGGACGCUACGUCUUUUGAAGAUCUUAAAAAGUUCAAUGGACAAACUUAUUCAACAUAUAAAGAUGUAGCAAGAGUUAGAGGUUUGAUUAAUGAUUCAAAUGAGUGGCAUAAUUGUAUGUACGAAGCAUCAAGUUAUAUGAUGCCUAAAUGUUUACGAUCAUUAUUAGUUACAAUUAUUUGUCAUUGCAACCCUGCAAAUCCUUUGCAACUUUUCGAAGAUUUCAAAGAAGAUAUGACUGAAGAUUUUAUUCAACAAGGAAAUAGUGUAGAAAAAUCUCUAAAAUUAUGCAUUAAUGACAUACGAAUGCAAAUUCAACAAAAUGGUUUCGAUUUUAAUCAAUUUUUACCAUUUCCUAAUUUCGAAGAUAUUUCAGAUCGCGAAGAUAAUUUAGUUAACUGUACUGUUGAUGGCAAUAACUUAUUAUGGAAUGAUCUUAAUAGUGAUCAACUUUUAGCUGCGGAUACUAUUUUACAAUCGUUAGUCGAUUUAAACUCGCAGAAAUGUUUUUAUUUAGAUGGUCCCGGUGGAAGCGGGAAAACGUUUUUGUAUCGUGCUCUAAUUCAAAAAGUUGAUCUCAUUGGUAAAAAAACAUUAAUCGUUGCAUGGACAGGAAUUGCUGCUACUUUAUUGCCAGGUGGAGUUACAUGCCAUUCAGCCUUUAGUUUACCCUUAGACCUUUCUACUGUAAAAUCUCCUAGACUUACUCAAAUCAAAAAAGAAUUUUUGAAAUCGGUAGAUUUGCUUAUUUGGGAUGAAGCUCCCAUGGCACCAGGUACAGCUUUAGAAAUAGUUGAUUUAAUAUUUCAAGAUUUGAUGGGUGUUAAAAUGCGUUUCGGUGGAAAGGUUGUUGUGUUGGGAGGUGACUUUCGGCAAGUUCUGCCAGUUAUUAGAAAAGGAUCUCGAUGUGCCAUUAUUGCUUCAACAAUCAAAAAAUCUUCUGUUUGGCCUUUUUUUCAAACAUUCAGAUUAAAACGCAAUAUGCGAGCUAUCACAGACCCUAAUUUUUCUAAAUGGCUUUUAGAUAUUGGUGAUGGAAUGAUACAUUCACCAGAAAUACCUAAAACCCAAUAUUCAGUUGAAGUUCCGAUUUCUUUAAUAUCUAAUGACAUCGUUACAGAUAUUUUUGGUAAUAGUUUUAGCUAUACUGAUGUUGAAAAAUUUUCUAGACGUGCAAUUCUCUGUCCAAGAAACGAAGAUGUUCGAUUAAUUAAUGAACGCGUUUUAAUAAAUUUAAAUAAUGCUGUACAAAUGAGUUUUUACGCGAUUGACUCUAUAAAAAAUGAUGAUGGUGUAGACGAUCAUGAUUUACAAGUCAAUAUUCCGGUAGAAUUUCUAAAUACGUUGAAUCCAUCUGGACUAGCACCGUAUAAAUUAAACUUAAAAGUCGGUUGUAUAGUAAUGCUUUUGAGAAAUCUUUCGGUAAACAAAGGACUAUGCAAUGGAACUAGAAUGAUUGUUAGAGCGUUUCGUCAGAAUGUACUUCAAUUGGAAAUUAUUACUGGUGCAUUUUCUGGAACUGUUCAUUUCAUUCCUAGAAUUUCUUUGGAUACAUCGAAUGAUCCAGCGCUUCCAUUCAAUUUUGUUAGACACCAGUUUCCAGUUCGACUUGCAUAUGCGAUGACAAUAAAUAAGUCUCAAGGGCAAACUUUUGAUAAAGUUGGACUUUAUCUUUCAGAACCAUGCUUUUCUCACGGUCAGUUUUAUACAGGAUGUUCACGAGCAAUGGAAUCUAAUGGUUUAAAAAUUCAAGUAAAAGAUACCACUAGACAAGGCAAAACAGAUAAUGGGCAAACUGUAACAGAUAAUGUUGUUUAUCAGGAAAUUUUUUCGUGA